GUCUCCGCCGAGGACUGAAUUCCCAUAACUCUACCGGACACCGAAAGCGGUUCUUCAUGCUCUUUCACAAGUCUCCUCGAGGUGUCUCGGGACGUAUUCAUCACCCCCACCGGUUAAAAAACGGGCGUGAACGGUUCCUCCUCCUCGCUCCACUACCGGCAGUUGUCACAUGGCUUAAUUAACAUGGCUGGAGUUGUAUCCCGCCGUCUGAAGACGUGAUACACACUACGCUGCGAGUCCCCCCCCUGGUAAAAUACAUCUCUAUACGGGAGGCGGAAAGAGGAACCCGGGUCGACACGGACCAUGUGAUUCGGUGUUUACUUCCAGGACCUGUUUCGCAGGCUACUUUGUGUUGACAACAUGUUUUUGUUUUGUUGUCUCUGUUACAGGACAGCUGUUGUUGACGUUAAGACUGUAUACUACGUCGGUAAGUUAACACCUCGCUCUGACGUUGAACUUUCCGUUUAGUAUAAUGUUAUUUAUCCACCGACCGACCGAAAUACAGAAAUGAGAAGUGAAAGUUAAACAUGUUUGUUUCCGCUUUUUUUAAAAGUUGAACAACACAACAAGCAACACUUUUUAUAUUUAUUUUUAAUACCAGUUACCCGGUCAAUGAGUGACGGUUUGCUCUCCGGUACCAAAACCGGACUCAAGGACGGAAAUAACAGUGGGUUUUUUUUCACACCGGGGAAAGUUAUUAACAGGGACACGGAAGAAAGGACUGAACAGUAACAGACAUAAACACUGGAGUCUCUCUGGGAUCAACACAGAGGCCUGGGAUUAGGACAUUAUGAUUGGCUCUCCUGAUGUCUUGGCCUUCACCAAUGAAGGGGAUUUGGGAGGUUACCCAGAAGCCCAGGAUCUACCAGAAGAGUUCUCCCUUCCUCUCUUUCCUCCGUCUCACCCCUGGACCUCACCUGCCCGUUUCAACAGAGACUUUAUACUGGUGGCUGAGUUCUCAGAACAGGUUGGACCUGGAGGGGCUGGUGGGUCCCCUACCUGUCCGGACCAUCCCCGACGACCCCAGAGUGAUCGGUUCCUUCGACCUGAACCAUUUCUCUCUACGCGUCAUGUCCGUCGACUACCAAGCCGUCGCCCCCGGCCCUCAGCCACACCACCAGACAGCUAGUCCUUCCCUCAGGACCCUUCCUCGCCUGGCCUUCUCAGAGGACUCCAGGGUGGUGCUGGGUGACUCUAAGGAGGGUGCAUUUGCCUACGUUCACCACCUGACUCUGUAUGACCUGGAGGCCCGAGGCUUCGUCCGCCCGUUCUGCAUGGCCUACGUCUCCGCUGACGAGAGGAAGAUCAUGCUGCAGUUCCAGGAGCUGUCGCACCGCUUCUCCCGCGCCUCCGAGUGCCUCAAGACCGGAAACCGACGGGCCUUCGCCCGCGAGCUGCACAGGAAGCUACAAGACCUGGAGUACACACGAUCCGUCCUUCAUGCGGCGCUUCAAGGGAUAUCCAAUGAUAGUGAGGAGAUCGGGGAGGAGGCGGAACUGCAGAAGACAGCCAACGAGCUUGCUAGCGUGGAUCGAUCCAUCCUGGACCACAGAUCCCUCCUCCACCAGGUCACGUCCUAUCCCAACAGGAAGUUAAAAGACCCUGGCUUUCUGCCUUACGACCCCUCCCUGAUCCCAGAGACCCUCCCCCUGACUCCGGAUCCCCCCUCCCCCUCAUACACCCCGCAGCUGGUUUCCGGGGCGUCGCUAGGUGGUGGGGGCUGGUCAGCGAGGCGGUUCGACCGCCGUCUGAAGCCAUUGGAGGAGCUGAGCGACUGCUACUUCCUGUCUCUGACGCUAGAACAGCUGGGCAACGCAGAAAGCCGUCUUCGCGGAGACCAGAGUGUUCUACACAACCGCUGCGUCACACGCAAGCUCUCCAGGACGCUUUCACACACACACUUCCUGUUCCAGCUCUGGGACCAGGAAGAAGAGGAGGAGGAGGAGGAUCUGGAGGAGGAAGGGGCGGGGCUAGAGGGAGGAAGUGGCUUGAUGUCGAAUCCUGUGGAGUGGGCGGGUGCGGGACCACAGAGCAUGGAGUCGUUCUUCUCUUGCGUGGAGGAGGUGUCAAUCAAGCUGGAGACAGGAAGUGGAGGGGCGGGGCCGACACUCGAUCCUGCGGGGGGAGAAGAAGUAACCACGGAGACGAGACCAGGCAGCGUGAGCAGCGGAGACAGCAUUGAGGUUCUGGGGACGGAGCGCUCGUAUAGAACACAGGGACUAACCCACGUGGAACUCAGAGAGUUGUCGGUUCAGGGUGAAGGCUGUGAUGAGGUGCGGAGUCGUACCCCUGCGGAGGCCGGGACGAGGCGUGACGUGCGGUCCCUGGCGCGAAGGGCGAACAGCGAGGACAGCAUUGAGGUCAUCAGCACCUCGGACUCCAUCUUCCCCGACGACCUCCUCAUCUUCACCGCCAUCACAGAGGAGGAGCCUGAGGAGCAUGGAAUCAUGGGUACUGUAAUCCAGGAAGAGGAGGAGGAGGAGGCGGCAGGUGAGGACACGCCCAUUCAGCAGCACGGCACCCUGGGUAUUAUAGUUCACGAGGAGGAGGAGGAGCACACUUGGCACCAGAGAAUCAUGGGUAAUGUAGUCCAGACGGAGGGAGAGGAGGAGCUAGAGGACACUCCCACUCGGCCGCACAGCACCCUGGGUAUUGAAGUCCAGGAAUUGGAGGAGGAGGAGGAGAAGCAAGAGAGAUGUGACACUCCGGUCCCCAUGUCUGAGCCCCAGGGAACUCUGGUCCACCAGGUGCCAGUAGAGGGCUCCUCCAAGCAGUACGAGGGUCACCAUGCCAACGGCGAGGUCAUAGGUCAGGCUGGGCGUGACAGCAGGCGGCGGGCGGUGCCUGACCUCCAGGUGAACUUUUCUAUCCCCCUGAGGUUAGAAGUUAGAGUUCACGGGUCAGGAGAGGGGCGGCGGUUGCUAGGCGACACCCCUUACAGGCUGAGCGUAGACGAGGGGUCAGACUGUAUGAGCUACGUCGGCAGCGCCUCUCCACCUACCUCUCUGGCCCCCGCACGUCUCCGCGGCAACCGCGGCGCCGGUAACCCGCGCCAGAGGAGGAAGGCGGGUCUCGGAGCCCUCAGGUUCCUGCGUCAGAAUUCUUUCUCCCAGAAUGCCGUGUUCUGCCUGCUGAGCGGCCGGCCGCUGGUGGUGAUUGGCGGAGAGGAGGGUUCCGUGAGGAGGACGGUCGCUGCCCUCUCGCUCUACCUGCCUUCACCCGGUCGCUACGGAGAUGCUGUGCAGCCCAACCUGGCCACGCCUCUUCAGCUGACAGACCUGCUCACCUGGAGACUCAUCGGAAUCCACAGGACGUCUCCUACAGCUCCCAGCAUGCUUCACUCUCUGGUUCGUUACGGACGAUACCUGGCCGUGCUGGACCUGGAUCAGCGUACACUGAGAAGCCCCGCUUACCACGGACACCUCAUUGGCCGGCUGGCCAACCCCCACACUCUGAUAGGUCGUGGCAGCACCUACCUUCUCCACGUGGAGAGCUGCCUCACUGAGUUGACCGCUAAGGCGUUCCUGUUCUCCUGUUCUCCUGACCUUUCAACUCUAACCUCGGGUCGAGCUCAGAGUUUACCUGGGGGUCAGGCACCACCCGUCUGUCACCGCGCCUCUCAGCUUCCCAGCGUCCCCAGGGAGGACGAUGACUUCACGCUGACUCGGCGUCGCAUUGACUUUCUGUGUGAGCGGGGUUUCAGCGGGGAGGACGACCUCCGGGUGAUGCACUUCCUGUCUGACCUCGUCAAACAGCACCACGCAGGAAGUGGUCCUCCGGCCCUCCGCUUCUCCUACAGUGCCGUCCCUUUGCAUAGAAAUACGACAACAUAGAUAUACAGCCCCGUCCCUUUACAUAGAAAUACCACAACAUAUAUAUACAGCCCUGUCCCUUUACAUAGAAAUACCACAACAUAGAUAUACAGCCCUGUCCCUUUACAUAGAAAUACCACAACAUAGAUAUACAGCCCUGUCCCUUUACAUAGAUAUACAGCCCCGACCCUUUACAUAGAAAUAAGACAACAUAGAUAUACAGCCCUGACCCUUUACAUAGAAAUACCACAACAUAGAUAUACAGCCCUGCCCCUUUACAAAACUAAAGCUUUUCUUCCAUACUGUAUCCUGUCUACACUGUGAAAGGAGAGAUCCAGAGUGGAUCUCUCGAAUGCCGCCCUAUUCCCUAUGUAGUGCACUACUUACAGGUAGUAGACUAUGUAGGCACCCUAUUCCCUAUAUAGUGCACUACUUACAGGUAGUAAACUAUGUAGGCACCCUAUUCUCUAUAUAGUGCACUACUUACAGGUAGUAAACUAUGUAGGCACCCUAUUCUCUAUAUAGUGCACUACUUACAGGUAGUAAACUAUGUAGGCACCCUAUUCUCUAUAUAGUGCACUACGUAGGCACCCUAUUCCCUAUGUAGUGCACUACUUACAGGUAGUAGACUACGUAGGGAAUAGGGAGCCGUUUGGGAAGCGGCCCCCUGUGUAUGUGAAUGGUUAUGUUGCUGAAUGUAGUCAUUGUGGCGCAGGUCUAACUCCUCAACACCACCAAAACAUACUGUAACGUUGGUGUCAUUGUCUAGCAGGUCUGAUCGAGUCGAGUCUUUCAUUUACCCUUCAUCGCCUUCACAAACUGUUCAUUGGUGUGUGUUAAUGCAGUGUACUUUUGUGUGCCGUGUAAAAAAAAUAAAAAAUAUUUGAUAUGUUUAAA